AUGAGUAAACGUAAGGCAAAGGAGAGCAGUGGGAUAAGUGCAGAAAGCCUCUCACAGGUACAGAAGAUUCUACGUGAAAGGUUCUGUCACCAGCAUGCUACUGGGAAACUGUUUGGGACUGAACAUCAGCACAAACACCUGCUGGAGAUGCUGAGGCGAACUAUAGUUCAAGGGGAAAGCAACUCUGCCCUCAUCAUUGGACCCCGAGGAUCAGGAAAGACUGUGUUAUUAAAUCAAGUCUUAAAUGAGCUGAAGGUAAAGAAAGAGGUUAAAGAGAACCUCUUGGAAGUUCACCUGAAUGGCCUUCUGCAGACUAAUGACAAAGUGGCCCUGAAAGAGAUCACCAGACAGCUGCAGCUGGAAAACGUGGUUGGGGAUAAAGUUUUUGGCAGUUUUGCUGAAAAUCUCGCGUUCCUUCUUGAGGCUCUAAGGAAAGGAGACAGGACUAGCAGUUGCCCAAUCCUGUUUGUGCUGGAUGAGUUUGACCUGUUUGUCCACCACAAGAACCAGACCCUGCUCUAUAACCUCUUUGACAUAUCCCAGUCAGCACAGACUCCAGUCACUGUCAUCGGACUGACGUGCAGGCAGGACAUCCUGGAGCUCUUGGAGAAGAGGGUGAAGUCACGGUUCUCUCACAGACAGAUAUAUCUGAUGAACUCCUAUGAUUUUAAACAGUACAUGAAGAUAUUCAAGGAGCAGCUUUCCCUUCAUGCUAAAUUUCCUGAUGAGGCUUUUGCACAAAAAUGGAACAACAACGUUCAGCACCUUGCAGAGGACAAGACUGUGCAAGACACGCUGAAGAACCUUUUUGACUACACGAAGGAUCUGCGCUCACUUAAUUUGCUGCUGAUGCUGGCUGUGAGCCACGUCACGGCGCAGCACCCGCUGCCCACCGCGCGGGACCUGCAGGAGGCCAGCAGGCACCACAGGACCGACUCCAAGGCAAACAUGGUGCAUGGAUUGUCUGUCCUGGAAAUCUGCUUAAUUAUAGCCAUGAAACACCUAAACGACGUUUAUGAAGGAGAACCUUUUAACUUCCAGAUGGUUUACAAUGAAUUCCAGAAGUUCAUCCAGAGGAAGGCACACUGCAUGCACAACUUUGAGAAGCCAGUUGUCAUGAAGGCAUUCGAGCACCUGCUGCAGCUGGAGCUGGUGAAGCCCCUGGAGAGGCCGUCUGCACGCACCCAGCCAGAGUACCUCCUGAUGAAGCUGCUUCUGGACAACAACCAGAUCAUGGAUGCUCUGCAGGUGUACCCCAGCUGCCCCACAGAGGUCAAGCAGUGGGCAGCCUCCUCCCUCAGCUGGCUCUGA